GCGCGCAGCAGGGUGUGUGUGUGUGCGCGCGCGCGCUGUCUCUGACCAAUACAUAGCUACACGGGAUGAAGAUGAUGAGACUCUACUAGGACGAGUGGACCUUCUAGAUUGGAUACAUUGCGGGACUGGACCUGAAUCAACGUGUUUGCGUCCCGAAUCUCAUCCGCGUUAUUAUCGGACUAAUAUCUGCCGACAUACUGAAGAAUAUCUGCGUCUCUCUGUAUAAUGCCGACACAUAUGAGACUGCGGAGAAGGUCAUUUCUCGGGCUUUUAUUUCUCUUCUCGCUCUCCACGUCUGCACUGUACUUCAUCUAUUCAGCUCCUGGCAUAGUUAAUGAGUACCUGUUCAUGGCUCAGGCCCGUGGAAUCCAGAUCCGUGAGAAUGUGAGGAACAUGGGAGCUCAGGUCCUUGAGCAGAUGGUGCGCAGUGCUUACAACAUCAACAGCACAGACUAUACAUAUGAGUUUAACGCGAAUGAGACAGAUGUCCCCAGCACUCCUUACCUCCCGGAGGGCUUCACAUACAUGCCUGAUCAGGUCUGCCCGGAGAAACUGCCCUCCAUGAAGGGGCAGCUGAAGGUGAACCUUAGUGAGAUCGCUCUAGAGGAGGUCGAGAAACUUCUCAAGCAGGACGAUCCAAGUCUGUCACGUGGAGGCCACUGGAAACCACACGACUGUCUCCCACGAUGGAAGGUGGCCAUCUUGGUUCCUUUCCGUAAGCGUCAUGAGCACCUUCCCAUACUUUUCCGACAUCUGAUCCCAGCGCUUCAGAGGCAGAGACUGCAGUUCGCUUUCUACGUCAUUGAACAGGCAGGAAAUGAACCGUUCAAUCGUGCCAUGCUGUUUAAUGUCGGUUUCAAAGAGGCCAUGAAGGACUUGAACUGGGAUUGUGUAAUAUUUCACGAUGUUGACCACAUUCUGGAAAAUGACCGCAACUACUAUGGUUGUGGUGACAUGCCGAGACACUUUGCAGUCAAACUCAACAAGUACUCUUACAUGCUUCCCUAUGAGGAGUUCUUUGGUGGUGUGAGUGGACUCACCGUGGAGCAGUUCAGGAAGAUAAACGGCUUUCCCAAUGCAUUCUGGGGCUGGGGAGGGGAAGACGAUGACCUUUGGAAGAGGGUUCAGUUUGCUGGCUACAACGUGAGUCGCCCUCAUGGAGAUAUCGGUCGUUACAUGUCUAUUCCACACCACCACCGUGGGGAAGUCCAGUUUCUGGGCCGAUACAAGUUGCUUCAUAGAUCCAAGGAGAGACAGAGCCUGGACGGCCUGAAUAACUUGAAUUACUCCCCUCUAGUGUCCCGGAGGAGUCUGUACACGAAUGUGUCAGUGACGCUCAGUCGAGACCUGGCCCCUGUCGCAGAUUACUGACAGCGCACAAGACAGACCCUCGCCACAUUCUUCAACACCAUCUUUAUUAGAAGGGGAGGGGGUUUCACAAGGCUUUAAUGCUCAGUGCAUUUUUUUUUUAAUUUCUUUCAUUUUUAUAAAUCAUUUUUUCUACUUCUUCUUUUUAAGCUAAUCAUACCACUCCCCGCCCCCC